AUGGCCAAAUUAUUUUUGUUUGCUGUUAUUCACCUGUUUCUUCUUCGCUUCUGCUGCGGAUGUAUUGAUAGGGAAGAGGAAGCUCUUCUUCAAUUCAAAGCCGGCCUAAAUUUCUCUGCUGGUGUACUGAGUUCGUGGAAGAAGGGAGGAGAUUGCUGCGUCUGGCAUGGCAUAACCUGUGGUGAUGACACCAAUCAUGUAGUCGGUGUUGAAAUUGUUUACAUACUUGAAGGGGGCUUAAUAUCUGAGAGCUUGUGCAUCCUCACUUCUGUUGAAUUCAUACAACUCGUUCACAGUGGAUUAACAGGUACUCUUCCUCACUGUUUAGGAAAACUUUCUUCUUUAAUUCAGCUAUAUCUUUACAAUAAUCAACUCACAGGAAGCAUUCCCUCUUCUCUAUUUAAUCUCACUUCUCUAAAUAUAUUAGAUCUUUCUUCUAAUAAACUCACAGGAAGCGUUCCCUCUUCUCUAUCUUAUCUCUCUUCUCUAAGGAGGCUAGAUCUUUCCAGGAAUCACUUGACUGGUUGUAUCCCUGAGUCUUUGGGCGAUCUCUCUUCACUUUAUUACUUAGGAUUGUCUAACAACCAAUUAAAUGGAACUCUUCCCUCUUCAUUUUCAAAGCUUUCCUCCCUAGAUGGCCUCUUUGUGGAGAGGAAUGCAUUCAAUCAGAAGAUUGCUUUUUCAGAGCUACCCUCUUCACUUACAUCGCUCUCUCUCACAUUGAACGGCCAUCAAAUAAUUUCAGAGGCUUUCUUUCACAACCUAAGCAAAUUAGAGUAUUUGAGCCUGUCCGAUUGUGUACUUAGUUCCAGCCCCACCUGGUUUCCCUCAUUCCAGUUGAAAAGCUUAUUAUUGAUAUCAUGUAAAAUGGAUGGUCAAAUCCCGUUGUGGAUUUCGACUCAGUUCUUACUUGAAGAGUUGCAAUUGGCUAACAACAGUCUGGUUGGAGAAAUUCCUUCUUGGCUACAGGAUAUGAGUCUUAAGUACAUCAAUCUCACAUCAAAUUAUCUGCAAGGUGGCCUUUUGCUAAAUACUUCAGCUUGGAAAGAAAUAGAUGUCCUGGACGUGUCUUACAAUGCCAUAUGUGGACAGAUACCAUCAAUCUGGCCGUCUAAUAUACAAGAGUUGUUGCUCAACAACAAUUUGCUGACGGGAAAUAUACCUCAAAGACUGCAGGGUUGCUCUUCACUGCACAUAUUAAAUUUGGCAAAUAAUCAUUUGAAUGGAAUCAUCCCUCCAAGCUUAGCCAAUUGUUCUGAGCUUCAAGUCUUGAACUUGGGGGAUAAUGAUUUGAGGGGAAUUUUGCCAUCUGAGAUUGGUAAGCUAAGUCAGCUGCAGUCAUUAGUGAUAAAGAAUAACAUUGUAAGUGGAUCAUUCCCUCCUUCCAUAUCAAACUGCACAGAAUUGAUUUUUUUGGAUAUUGGGAAAAACUUAUUGAAAGGUCAGAUUCCAAAGUCAAUAGGAAAUAUUUCAACACUGCGAGUGCUAGCAAUGACAAAGAAUAAUUUUGAAGGCACCAUUCCCUCAGAAAUUGCACACCUGAAACGGCUUCAAAUCUUGGACCUUUCUUCAAAUAGCUUAUCAGGGCUUAUACCAUGCGGCAUUUUCAGUUUACAAGCAAUAUUGGUGGAACCACUCCUUGAAUUGACCAUGAUUCCAAAAGGUCUAUAUGACUUGCAAGUUGGCAAUUACAUGAAUGUGAAUGGUUAUAUGUACAAGGAUAUGAAUGUGAAUGGUUAUAUGUACAAGUAUAUGUAUGUGAAUGGUUAUAUGUACAAGUAUGGAUUGAAUAUGGUUUCUAAAGGUAGAAAUGUGAACUAUACAUAUAUUUUUCCAACCAUGACAUCUAUAGACCUCUCAGACAAUCAGUUGAAUGGGGAUCUUCCUUCUGAUUUAGGGAAGUUGAAGGGGUUGAAGCUGCUCAACCUUUCUAUGAACAAUCUCAAUGGUACUAUUCCAAAUAGUAUUGUAUUAAUGAGUUGGUUGGAAACAUUAGACCUUUCCACAAAUUAUUUUUCUGGACAAAUUCCUUCAGAUUUUGGUUCUUUGAAUUAUUUGGAAGCUUUUAACGUUUCUAACAACCACCUUUCAGGUAGCAUACCUCAAGGAGGACAAAUGGAAACAUUUACUAAAUCAUCAUAUUUAGGCAAUCCAAAUCUUUGGGGAUGCCCACUUCAAAAGAAAUGCUCUUGGCCAGAAUUUGCUCCAGCUCCUCUGGUUUCGACAUCUAUUAAUGAAGAAGAGCAGAGCAAGGCAAGCAUAUUGUAUGAGAUUGGAGUGGGGUUGUCAUAUGGAGCAGGGUUUGCAGUAGUGGUGGUAUUUAUUGUACUAAAAAGAAAUUUAGGACAUAGAUAUUUCAAGGGAGUUGAUUUUGUAUUGAAAUUUUUUUUCCCACAUUUUCGAAAUUUGACAUUAUAG